GUCAGAGGGAAUGUGUUUCACUUGCCACUGAUGCGAGUGAGUUACUCGAAGAAAUCCCAAGGAAAGGGGUGGUCCUCUGAUCUGUCAGCUCUUAUUGAUGGCCGUAGAAAGUGCCUAACAAACUGCUAUAUGGAAGAUCUACUCCGUGGAGCCUUCUUUCUCGAAUCUUUACCAGGAGAAUCACAACAGCUUCUCUACAAGAGGACAAAGCUUUUAACCAAAUUGCAUCCAAUGAACUCAGACUGACUUUGAAGAAGGUGCCAACAGUCGACGCCUUCCCCAUCCCCCUCUCAAGAUAAAGAGCAACGACAAUUAACCCUCGGAGUACUUUUUGUUCUUAAGGGGGAGGUGAAGAGGAUAUUUUGUCGACCAUGGGGAAUCAACUCUCUGAGCUAACGCCCAACGGGACCUUCUUGCCCCCUUUCCAGUCCCUGCACGUCGUAGUGAUUGGUUUGGAUUCAGCUGGAAAAACCACAUUGUUGUAUAGACUAAAAUUAAGGGAGUUUGUCAACACGAUUCCUACAAAAGGCUUCAACACUGAAAAAAUCAAAGUGCCUGUUGGGAAUUCGAGGGCCAUCACUUUCCAGGUCUGGGAUGUUGGUGGCCAAGAAAAGCUGAGGCCUCUGUGGAAGUCCUACACCAGGCGCACGGAUGGCAUUGUCUUUGUGGUAGACUCUUCAGAGACGGAGAGGAUGGAGGAGGCCAAGGCUGAGCUCCAUAAAAUUUCCAGGAGUUCAGAAAAUCAAGGAGUGCCCGUAUUAAUCUUUGCCAAUAAACAAGAUCUGCCGGGGGCUCUUUCUGUGGCUGAGGUGGAAAAAUCCCUGAGCUUAAAUGAACUAGGAGCAUCCACUCUGCACCACAUCCAGAGUUCCAGCGCAGUGAAUGGACAGGGCCUGCAACAAGGCCUAGAGAGGUUAUAUGAAAUGAUCAUUAAACGGAAGAAGAUGCUUAGACAUCAGAAGAGAAAGAGAUGAAUCGUGGACCUCAUUCCAUAAUCAACUAAGACAUUCUAGAAUAGCUCAUCAAUGGAAUCUCCUAAAGGAUCAACUAAAUGGUCAAAAGCACACAACUUGCCAAGAAUAUAUGUUCAAGAUUUUUUUGGGCUGACCCAAUUCGACUUUUCAGUUUUUGUUUUCCCCAGAUGCAGUGUAGUGCAUAUAACAGCAAUAACAUACAAAUCCUGUGAUCCAAAUGUUUAUUUAAAUAAAAGGGCCAACAUAUGAUGGACAAAUGGCAAAAUAGUGGAUGGUUGGUGAGGAGUUGGACGGAUUCAAGCCGGCCACUACUAGGGAACAGACUGAUUGGCAUUUUAAGCAGCAUCAUAACUGUUUAGCGUUUGAUGUUUACAAUCAAUAUCCUCAGCGUUCUGGAUAAUAUGUAAUCUUUUGAUUUGCAAAUAAAUUCCUGUAAUGUUUUGGUUGUACCUGGCCAGCCCCUUUACAUGUAAACUAAUAGAAGAUCUCUGCUGAUUGCCUGGAAAGUUAGUUUAAUUGAGAGAGAAUGGAAUUAUUCUCUAUCUCUUUUUUUUCUCUCUCCCUCUCUUUUAAAGUUGCUUAGACUCUUGGGAACAUGACAGAAUGUUCUGAGAUUCACUGACUUUGUUCUGAUACGACUUUAUUGUAUAAAGUGUUGUGUAGCUUUUUGUAGACCGAUGAUGUGCAAGUCAAGGACGUUUGUCAAAAGCUGCAAAAGACAUUUAAUUCUGCAAGUGUUUGCAGAGAUAACAAGUGGACUGAGGUGGGGGGUGCGGGGGGGGGGGCUUUGUAUAAUUUUUUUGUGUCUGAAAGUAUCAUUCAGCUACACAUCCCAAACACUUGGAAGUACUGAAAGCAGUAUUUCAAUAAGUGGGUAUUGGGGUGCGGUAAUGCUUCUAUACUCCUAUCAAUAUGAAGCAGUUUAGUCUGCCACUCUAAUCCAUGAAGGCCAAAUGAUGUGAAGUCUCCAAGAAGACUUCUUGAUGCCUCUUGAAGUUUGCUUCAGCUGCAUUAAAACUCUUGCUCAGUGUGAAGCUGAGGCGCCAAGGCAAAGAUAUGUCUUUGAUGUUGAGAGAGCGAAUGUGAGCUGCCUUCACUCUCCCCUAUCAGAGCUUUUCAUGUGCCCAAGUGUGUGCAACGAGGAUCUGGUUGGAUUGCACAGCUAGCAGUAAAACUACAGUCUAGUGACUGGUGUGCUACACAUCAUUAGAUACACUGCAGCUAUUGGUUUCAGACCAGGUAACUGUAGCCUUGGAUAUGAAGUACACAUGAGCCACUGUGCUACAAUAAAAGAAAAGAUGCCAAUGUCACAUCUUUCAUUUUGAAAUCUUUUGCGUCAUCAGUGUUAAAGCAUUCCACUCAGGCUGUCAUACUGAAAAAACUGGACCUUGCUGUAAAUAUUUAAGCUGUGAAAUGAAAUAGUGAUUUGUAUAUAUCUUAUUUUGUACUUUGAUAAGUUUUUUUUAAUAAAUAAUUGUCAUUGGUGUUGAAA